GUGAUACCGUCCACGAAAAAUGUCAGAAUGGCCGAGGCGAACGACGAUCCGAGGGGGUUGAGCGAAACCACCCCCAAACGAAAGAAUACGCGCCGUAAAAACAGUUUGUCAAAUUCCAAACACGUUCUGCGAAAGAAGCAGCCCUUCGAAUUGAAGAAAAACGGCAGGGAUAUCUACGUAAACAAUAAAACUCCCUUCAAGGGACAAUUAUACAAGUGUGAAAAACUAUUUGACAAAGGCGCAUCAGAGUUAAUUAUCCAUGGUCUUGGAGCCGCUGUAUUUAAAGCAGUCAACUUAGCCUUGCAAUUAAAGGAGAUUCAUCAUGGAACUUUAGACCUUGAUAUAAAAACUUCUACUGUGUCUCUAGUGGAUGAAUUAGAGACACUGAACGAUGACGCGGACUAUGAAGUAAACAACAGACUGAACUCUGGUAUACACAUACGUGUUUUCAGAAGAGUGCCAUUUACUGCGCUGAGAUCUAAGGCAAACUGAUACUGAUUCUGCAAAACAAUGCAUUUGAGCAAUAAGACUAUGCGCAUAUUACUAUAUCCUAAUUCACUAUAAUAUCGCAAUAUAGCUGGCUCAAAGCUGUAUUAUUUUUACAAUGAUCUUUUCUUUGAAUGAGCUUGUUCAUUGGUUGGGCUUGACAAUCUUUGAGAUAUGGAUCAACUUGGUUGCAUUAACAUUCUUCACUGUGCUACUAGCUUUAAAAUUAGACGAUAAUUAUUUUUUGGGAGCGUCAGGAUGGUGGGAAGUAUUCUCGCCGCUUUUUAUAGCAGAUGGUCUGAAUACAUACUUUUGCGCAAUUAUAUUUAUAAGAAUGUACAUGGAGGGAAUGAUCAAAGUGGGCAUUUUACGAGCAUUGUGGAGUCUGAUAUCGUUACUUCUGGUAUUUGUAUUUAAAUAUCUUUUGUGUAAAAAGCUCUCUGGACAAAGCACAUUGGAAUAUUCGGAAGUUUUGAGUCCUGUAUUCAUUCUCCUACAAUUGAUUGCAGUCAGAGCCUGUCAACUACAUUAAGGGAAGUGAAAAAUUUUCUUCUAUGUAAGAUAGUGCUUCCAUAAAGCAUCUGCCAUAUAUGAUAACAUACAUUAUCGUGUACCAUAUGAUACCUGUAUAUAUAUCACAUUUCAUCACAGAUUCAUUAUCUAGAUAAAGUUAAAAAAUGUUUCAUCUGUAAAUGUCACUUCAUAUUUCUAUUCUGCCUAUUUAAUAUUAUGUAAGAUGAUUUGCUGUUGAUUUGCUGCAAGUAUUGUGUGGUGUACAAAUUUAAUAAACAUUUUUCUCUUGAAUUCUUUUAAAAAGACAAUAAGUGUAAAUGAUACAGGAAUGAUAAUUAAGAUGGUGCAGUAAUAUGUGUUGGCUAAUAAUAUGUUCAUUCCAUAAAUAUUUUGAAUAUGUAUUGUAUAUUAAUGUUUGAUUAAUUUGUAGCUCUCUUUGUUAAUUUAUAAAAGUUUACAUCUAUUAAUACAAACUUGAUUUUUGUAAUGUAUUAUAUUAAAUCUCAUGAUGUAGAUAAAACAAAUACACACAUAUUUUUUCUAAAUAGAAAA